AUGAAUGGGCCUACUGAGUCUUCCACAGCUGUUCUAUAUUUGGGUGUACUGUUUUUUCCCCCAUCUCUUUUACAAAGGUCUGCAAUAUAUGCUAACAGGCAUUAUUUAGAGCUUUAUCAUGAAACUCAUCCAAACUGGUUGGCUCAAAAUAGUGAUGGGAAACCUACUAUAGUUGGGGAUGUUUUUAUUCAUCCAACUGCAAAUGUUCAUCCAUCUGCUACUCUUGGACCUAAUGUUACUAUAGGCAAAAAUGUAUUCAUUGGAGCUGGUGUAAGGAUUCGAGAAUCAAUUGUACUUGGGAAUGCCACUAUCAUGGAUCAUGCCUUAGUGCUGCAUAGCAUAAUAGGUUGGAACAGUACAGUUGGAUUAUGGGCUCGAGUUGAAGGAACACCAUGUGAUCCCAAUCCAAAUAAACCCUUCACAAAGAUGGAAAAUGUUCCUUUGUUUAACAGCUCUGGUCGUCUGAAUCCUUCAAUAACUGUUUUGGGUUGCAAUGUUCAAGUGCCUUCUGAAAUUAUUGUUUUGAAUUCAAUUGUUCUGCCACAUAAAGACUUGGCACAGAGUUACAAAAAUGAAAUAAUAUUGUGAAGACUUCAUAUUUAGUUUGAAAUGAAACAGGGAUUGAAAAAUGCAUGUCUUGUUUGGCUGAAUUUUUUUAUAUGAUCAAAUAUUUAUGUAAAAAUUAUUAAAAUGUUUUGGUCUUGUUUUUUGACAGAUCAGUUUUUGAUGUAUAUUAUGAUUUUAUUUUUAUGAUGUAUAUUAUGAUUUUAUGUCAGAUUAAUUCCUGAUAAUCAACUCAAAAACCUGUUCUAUGCUGUUUUUAUUUGAAAAUAUAGUUUAAUUAUUUUACUAUA